UUCUAUUUGCAGAGAUUUUCUGUUUCUCAAAUCGUUACCAGUUCAACUGCAGCUGAGAAUAUACUGAAUUCCAGUUUCCUGUCCAAGCAAAUGACUAGAUAAGAAGCGUUUUCAGUCGCUUUCAAAUUCACCUUGUUUGAAAUAGCGCCAAGUCGUGCUAGAAGACGUUCUGCAUUGCGUAAAGAAUUGCUGACUUGAAGCUCUGAAGUUUGUUGACACAGUCCAGUUUUUAAUUUUAAUAUCAAAAUACUGGAAAGGAUAAAGAAGAGUGACACGCAAAAAGCAAAAUGAAAAAGCUUUUCCUACUGCUGACAAUUUGUGCGUUCUUCGUUGUCUACUAUCACAAGCCUGUUGAAGCGAAUUUACUGCAACUCUGUGAGCAAAUAGACUACUUCAAGAAAUUCGAAUGGAGUGCUGGAUGUCUCGAAUUUGCUGACUAUGGCUGCUUCUGUGGACCUGGAGGCUGGGGCAAACCAGCAGACGAAGUUGAUGCUUGCUGCAUGGUGCACGAUCAUUGUUAUGAUGCAGCAAUGGCUAAGUUCCCGUACUGCUACCCAUACGUAUCUUAUUAUCAUCACGAAACUGGAGUUUGUCAUGACAAGAACGACACUUGCGACCGCUUUGUGUGCGAAUGUGACCGAGCGCUGGCUCGCUGCCUGGUCUUUAAAAGGUAUCAUGCCAAAUACAUCAACUAUCGAUAUCUGGGACACUGCAAGACCAAUGGAACCAAAUACAUAUUGAAGUAGAAUGUUAUGAGGAGCACCGUGUGUCUUUCUUGUGGCUACCAUUAGCAAGAAAUGGAGACUUAGCUGCAUAUAUUUUGUUGUGUUUUGAUAUUACGAAACAUAUGAAGAGUUGUUUGGUGAAAUUGCAUAACUUGUCGUUUAUUACCUUAAAAUGAGAACUGGUUUGAAUUAUUUACACGCUGAAAUUAGCAAAUUUAACAUAAACCUCUAUUGAUUAUGAAUUGUGCUAUCUUUUGCAAAGUUCUUAAUUAUUUUCUCGUUCAUUGAUGAAAGAGAUCGUUUUAAUGAUAAA